AUGUACUACAGACUUUUUGUGCUAUGUCGGGCCAACAAGUCAAUUAUGAUAAGUCCUCCAUAUUCUUCUCUCGCAACGUUCAUACUAGUUACCCCAAAAUUUUGUAAACAGUAUGCUCGUGUUGGCGAUGUCAUCAAUAAAGCCUUACUUGAUUCUAAGGAAGCUGUGAUAAAUGGUUCAUUUCCUGAUGUUCAACAUAGUCCAUACAAAAUCAGUGAAACCGAUGGUAAUGGUUUCUUAAAUGAGGUACAAAAGUUAGGUUUCGACAAGGCAGCAUCUGCGGCGUCUGAAGCAGUGAUCAGAAGAUGGUUACAAAAUCAACAAAGUGACAAUUUAGUAAAGCUCCCGAUUGCUCCUUCGUUUUUCAUUUGA